AUGGCCGAAGAUCGCAUCAACGCCCUCCGUGGCUACAAGGCGACCCUGAACAACCCCAAUGUCUCAGAUGAAGCCAAGCGGCACGCUCAGGAUGUCAUUGACAACGAACUGGGCGGCGAGCAGGUCCAUGAUGACUUCUACCAGCAACGAGGUGACGACCAGAAGGACCCUAACAGAGUCCAAGCUGGAUUGAAGGCUGCCACCCAUAACCCUGGUGUGUCACGGGAGGGCAAACGCAGCGCUGCUGAGAAAUACAAGCAGCAGUUUGGCCAGGCUCCGGAUGAGUAA